AGUAGGGCGGGGCCGGGAGCAGGCAGGGGCUGGGCUGGCGCGGCGGCCAGAGAUGCUGUCGGGCCGCGACGGCGCUCAGCGGACGGGAGCCCUGCGUUGAAGGCACCAAGAGAAGGUGAACUGCCAGGCCGACUGGUAACGUGAAUUCCGAAGACGGAGAGUUUAAUGUCACAGACUUCUAAAUUUCUUUGUGUGGAGUACACGUUAUGAACCCUUUCUGGAGCAUGUCUACAAGCUCUGUACGCAAACGAUCCGAUGGAGAAGAGAAGACAUUAACAGGGGACGGGAACACCAGUCCUCCACGCACUGCCCCCAAGAAGCAGCUGCCCUCUAUCCCCAAAAAUGCCUUGCCCAUCACGAAGCCUACGUCUCCUGCCCCGGCAGCACAGUCAACAAACGGCACUCAUGCUUCUUACGGGCCCUUCUACCUGGAAUACUCUCUUCUCGCAGAAUUUACCUUAGUGGUGAAGCAGAAGUUGCCAGGCGUCUAUGUGCAGCCAUCUUACCGCUCUGCAUUAAUGUGGUUUGGAGUAAUAUUCAUACGGCAUGGACUUUAUCAAGAUGGUGUGUUCAAGUUUACAGUUUACAUCCCUGAUAACUACCCAGAUGGUGAUUGUCCACGCCUGGUGUUUGACAUCCCUGUCUUCCACCCGCUGGUGGACCCCACCUCCGGUGAACUGGACGUGAAGAGAGCGUUUGCAAAAUGGAGGCGGAACCACAACCACAUCUGGCAGGUGCUGAUGUACGCGCGGAGAGUGUUCUACAAGAUUGACACGACGAGCGCCCUGAACCCGGAGGCCGCGGUGCUGUAUGAAAAAGAUGUUCAGCUUUUUAAAAGUAAAGUGGUUGACAGUGUUAAGGUGUGCGCUGCUCGCUUGUUUGACCAGCCUAAAAUAGAAGACCCCUAUGCCAUUAGCUUUUCUCCAUGGAAUCCUUCUGUACAUGAUGAAGCCAGAGAGAAGAUGCUGACCCAGAAAAAGCCUGAAGAACAGCACAAUAAAAGUGUUCAUGUUGCUGGCCUGUCAUGGGUAAAGCCUGGCUCAGUACAGCCUUUCAGUAAAGAAGAGAAAACAGUAGCCACGUAAGAGCUGGUGAAUCUGGUGCACCAUGCACUUUGCUGCCGGACUCGGGCCUAGUUAAAGCUGACCAAUGGCAAAGGACUGCCUGCAGAGUAAAACCGUGUGAACGAUGACUGAGAACAGUGUUGUCCGUGUGUGCUUAGGUUCUAACAGCAAGGUUUGGAAACCUCUUUAAGUGAUGCAUUACUUCUGUCAGAAGUGUCUUUAGGGUGGUUAUCUAGUUCAGUACUCCAGAUUAUUGGGGACCUUGAGGCUUACGUAUUCUUCUGAAUAUAAUGCUAAAGGUAAGUGGCAUUCAUUUAAACUAAUAGAGUAGCCAGUUCAGCACUAUCUAAUGAUUUUUAAAUCAGUGGUUUCAGUUGUACAUACGUUAGGAGAUGGAGAGGAGCAGCAGAGAGAGCCGGUUCGUAGCGUAUUAGCACUUUUUAAGGGGAAGGUCAUUUGAACCUGUUUUCAGCCUACUGUCUUACCGAUUUACAAACUGCUACCACUGAGGUGCAUAUUAGGUGAGAGAGGAAACCAGAACACCUGUUCGUAGUUUUUUUUUAAAGCAAAUUACUUACUGUAUUUUUAUGGCGGGGGGAGAGUGUUAAAAUGGUUUCUAAUGAAGUCAGAUAUUUAAGUGAUGAAUGACUAAUGUGUUUUGUAGAGACAAAAUAAACCAAUAAAUGAUGGUUCUUUGUCAUUUGUGCAGGAAACUACCCUUUUCUCAAUAUAACUGAACAGAUUAAUUUAUAAAUGCUUUAUUGAAAAAUACUUAUUUUCAUAUAAAAUUACAAUAGCAGUAAAUAUCUUGAGAGGUUUUAUAAAUAAUUUUGCAGAACACUAUUCUAACUGAACAGUGUAAGUUCCAUCUUUCUCUCAGCAAUAUGAAGUUACCUGGUAACUUUGUUUAUACCGAUUCAAUUUACAAUUGAAUUUUCUCCCUAAUAAGAUUAUUCAUUCAACUUGAAAACUGCUGGAAUAGUGAUUAAUAAAGGUAUAUAUAGAUAAUUCAAUAGCUGUUAAAUAACCUUUUCUAAUUUGUAUAAAUGGUACUAUAUACUAAUAAAAACCUAAAUUCUCA